AUGACCUUGGACAGCAGACCCAUGGAUGAAACAGACAUUGACGUGGAAGGUUAUACAAACAGUAGGGAACGUGUGAAUAAUGCGAGUUUUUCAGUGUUUAGUGAGGCCAGUGAAGACUUGCAGCAACGCGCGUCUUCUUUUACCCCUGAAGGUCUGCGUGAAGAAGUCCCCCCGCAGGAUGGUCCAGGCAAAAGGUCUACUUCUAAACCUCCUUACUCUUACAUCGCUCUCAUUACCAUGGCCAUCCUCUAUAGCCCGAAGAAGAAACUCACCCUCAGUGAGAUCUGUGACUUCAUCAGCCACCACUUCACGUAUUACCGAGAAAGGUUCCCUGCGUGGCAAAACUCAAUCCGUCACAACUUGUCUUUAAAUGACUGCUUCAUCAAAAUGCCACGGGAGCUUGGAAGUCCUGGCAAGGGGAAUUAUUGGACCUUGGACCCCAUGUCGGCCGAUAUGUUCGAAAACGGCAGCUUUCUUCGUCGGAGGAAACGCUUCAAGAAGCAACGUUGCUGCCUGGGAGCGCUGAAACCGCGCAGUCUGCCCCCGCUUUCUUCGCUCGGAGCGCACACGUUUGGUUCAAGUCGACAAUGUCCUGCUUUUGGCAGCGACCUGGUCAGAGGAAACCGUUUGGGUGUCCUUGUUAGACCCAGUAUCGAACCUGUAAACGGCAUCAUACCUGCGCUGUCCCCACUUCUUUCCAGGAAUUCUCCAUCUUUUCUUUUGGACUCUGCCCGCUGCGUCUCAUCCCUGGCUCCAAACUUCUUCAUGACUCCCGUCCCGCUCCACGGAAUCAUGCCCAGUCACUCUUUUGCCCAGCUGCCUCUUUUCCCCACUGGGACCUUAGAAGUUUCAUCCAAUUUGAUUUAAUAUGAAAACGCUGUCUUGGACAAUAACAAUUUUAUGAGAGUUCCAGCCUCCGCGUCACAGCACAAUUAGAAAAAUAAAGCAAACAGGCCCCCAUAUUUCACAUAAUAAGAGUUUAAAGAAAAAGGUUUUUUCUAAUAGAUUUUAUUU